GUCGACUUUAAGUUUCUUACGCUCGAAUCGUCCUUACCACCUCUCAGGAAAUCGAUUCAUCUUAUCAAUCAGGACAGAAAUCCCGAGAAAACGCCGCUUCUGGGAUGUGACUCGUGGGACGAGUUCAUGUGACCAAGACCCCCAAAAGCUCUCAGCCGGCCGUCAAGGACAUCCGCUCCUUCUUCAAUAAAGAAUCAUCAUCUACUCCACGAUCCCAGAGAGCGCGACAUGAUGAAGUUAUUGAGAUUAGUGAUAAUGAAGCUCACCCGUCUCAGGCAGUGAAAAACUCAAAGGUGGCCCUGAACACUGAGCCGGUUCCGGCUCUCGAGUCCUCGGCAAGCGCAAGAUUCCUUUCUACUUUGUGGGCUGCUCACGCACUUCUAAUUCAGCACCCUGUGCCGGAUAAGCCGCUAACUGCACGAAAAUCUGCUCCUGUGCCAGUCACCCCCAUGGAUAUUAGUAGUGACGAUGAACCGGUCACGAAGAAACGCUCCAACGCGACCGCACUCUUUUCGAGCGAGGAUGAAGAAACGCGACCUAGGAAGAAGGGUGUACCGGCCGUGCGCUCCAAGCCGAAGGCUCGUCUUCCUGAAGCUGCAGACACGUCCGUAAGCGACGAGGAGCAUUUCCCGGUUCCGAGACCAACUGCCCGAAAGCCAAGCGCGUUGCUCUUGUCCAGCGAAGAGGAAGAUGAGGUGCCUCCGAAAUCAAAGCCUAAACUGAGGGCGCCCGUCGCUAGCGGCAGCAAGUUCAAACGCCACUCAUCAAGAGUCCAAGACGAAGAGUUCAUUGUCUCAGACGAGGAGGACAGGGUCGGUCAUAAGAACGGCCCUGCAGUCAAAUCCAAGGCUACUCCCAAGGCUAGUUCUUCAGUAUCAAAGACAAAAGAGGUCGAAACUGGGAAACCUAAAUUCAACUGGGCUGCCGCCAAAGCUGCGAAAUCAGCAGGUCCUUCGGCACCAGGCUCGAAAACAGUACCGGACGGGUCACCAGACGCUCUGGCCGGACUUGCGUUCGUCUUUACCGGGGAGCUGAGCAGCUUCUCGCGUGACGAGGCCAAUGAUAUUGCAAAGCGAUAUGGCGGACGCGUUGUGGGUCAACCGUCGAGUAAGACAAACUAUGUCGUGUUGGGUGAUAAUGCUGGGCCCUCAAAGCUGGCCGCGAUCAAGAAGCACAGAUUGGCGACUUUGACGGAGGACGAGUUUUUGAAUCUGAUCGCGACGAGGAAAGGGACAGGAAAGUUGGAUGAUAAGACGAAAGCCAAGAUGGAGAAGGAAAAGCAGGCGAUCGAAGCUAGCGCGAAAGAGAUGGAGAAGCGCGAAAAGGUGGUCAAGAAGAAAGAAGGCCCGAGAGCAGUAGAUCCCUCGUCGCAGCUGUGGACUACUCGAUACGCACCGCAGAAUAUGAAGGAGAUAUGUGGGAAUAAGGCACAAAUCGAGAAGAUGCAGCAAUGGUUGAAGGAUUGGCCAAACAGCUUGAAGAGUGAAUUCCGGAAACCGGGCAAGAAUGGCAUGAAUAUAUUCCGCGCCAUCCUCAUCACCGGUCCACCGGGAAUUGGCAAGACGACUAGUGCACAUCUGGUGGCGAAACUGGAAGGUUUCACCCCCAUCGAACUGAACGCCAGUGAUACGCGAAGCAAGAAACUCGUCGAGAAUGGGAUGAACAUCAACAACAAGUCAUUGGACGGAUAUAUUGCCGGUGCCCGCGACAGCGACAACGUGCAGAUCACUGACAGGACGGUGCUCAUCAUGGACGAAGUGGAUGGUAUGUCUGCUGGGGACCGAGGCGGUGUUGGUGCCCUCAACUCGUUGAUCAAGAAGUCCAAGAUUCCUAUUAUCUGCAUUGCAAAUGACAGAGGAGCGCAGAAGCUCAAACCGCUCAUGUCUACGACUUUUAACAUGAGCUUUCAACGUCCUCAAGCAUCGAUGAUUCGGUCCAGGAUUAUGACCAUCGCCUUCAAGGAGAAGCUUCAAAUCCCAGCCAACGUCGUCGAUCAGUUGGUCGCAGGAUCCCAGUCGGAUAUCCGUCAGAUCUUGAACAUGCUUUCAACGUGGAAACUGUCGAGUAACACAAUGUCCUUCGAUGAAGGCAAGACGUUAACAAAGAUGAACGAAAAGUACACGAUGAUGAGUCCUUUCGACAUCACUUCCAAGAUGCUGGGCCCGUACAUGUUCUCAGCAACGGCGCGCGAGAGUCUGGGGGACAAGAUGGAAUACUACUUCCAGGAUCAUUCAUUCAUGCCAUUGUUUAUCCAGGAAAACUACCUGAAAACAGAGCCUGCGCGACUGCGUAGCUGGGAUGGACCGAUGAAGCAGGUAAAAUGUCUUGAGCUGAUGGAUCGGGCGGCCUCAUCAAUAUCGGAUGGCGACCUCGUGGAUGCGUUGAUUCACGGGUCUGUGAUUUAUGUAUCCCUGUUUCUGCUCUCAUCCCUUGUUAGACCAGAACAGCACUGGGCUCUGAUGCCGCUGCAUGCGGUCUGCUCGACCAUCCGUCCAACAUCUUUUAUGUAUGGGACAGGCGCUCAUUACGGAGGGCAGAACGGGUUGUCCUUCCCUCAAUGGCUAGGCCAGAAUUCCAAGCAGACGAAGCUGAACAGGCAACUCGGUGAGGUCCAGGUCCGGAUGCGACUCAAAGUAUCUGGGGACAAGAACGAAAUCCGGCAGUCGUAUAUCCCGGCAUUGCACCCACAUAUCGUUCAGCCGUUGGUUGAUACCGGAGCUAGUGCUGUCGAAGAAGUGAUCGAGCGGAUGGACGAGUACUAUCUGACGAAAGAGGACUGGGAUACGAUUGUCGAGCUCGGUGUUGACGAGAAGAAAGAUGACGCUGUACUCAAGAGGAUAUCCACUGCGACCAAGACUGCGCUGACGAGAAAGUACAAUGCGUCGGACCACCCCAUUCCAUUUUACAAGGCUACUGAUCUGGGUAAAGCACCCAAGAAGCUUGGGGUCGGCCCGGCUCCUGACAUCGAAGACGCUUUUGAGAUGGAAGAUGAUGUUGCUGAGCCUUCAGAUAACGAGGAUAAUGGGGACGAUAUCUCCAAGGACAAGCUCAUCAAGGCACCCAAGAAAAAGAAGGCACUGGCGGGUGCUUCAAAAAUAGUCGCUCCGAAGCCUGGGCCGAAAGCCAAGACGAAGAAGUAGAGGUCUUUUAUCUCUCAUCCUAUCAUAGCAAUCAUUACGUAUCUUCCAUAUAAAUUAUGCUUGAUGUGAUUUCGAGACAUUCACGCUUGUCGCAGGCGGGAUAACCAGCCUUUGGCACUAUCAGCAAGGCCAAGGCCUUUCGUGUGUUAGUGUUUUAUAUUUGUGUUUGAUUUCUGCGAUUUUUA